AUGUCCCGCUUCAGCAUCCCCAUCGACGCCCUGACGUCGCGCGUGAACCUCUCCGGACGUUUCGACGGCCUGCGCAACACGUCGAUAUCUUCGCGCUUCGCCAACCUGCGGCCCAUCUCCGAAUUCCUCGAUGUCAAGCGCAUCUCUAAACCCGCCAACUUUGGCGAGGUCCAGAGCAGGGUCAACUACAACCUGGGCUACUUCUCGAGCAACUAUGCCGCCGUCUUUGCCAUGCUCAGCAUAUACAGUCUCUUGAACAAUUUGCUGAUGCUGUUCGUCAUCUGCCUGGUCAUUGGCGGCAUGUACGGAAUCGGCAAGCUCCAGGGCAACGACCUUGAAAUUGCCGGCUACCGCGCAACCACGUCCCAGUUGUACACAGCAUUGUUCAUCAUCGCAGUUCCUCUGGGUCUGUUCUCAUCUCCCUUCACCACUGUGCUCUGGCUCAUCGGAGCCUCUGGUGUCACCAUACUGGGUCACGCUGCGUUUCUCGACAAACCAAUCGAGACAGCUUUUUCAGAGGAGGCGGUCUAAGUGGUCGGCCGCGAACUCCUUACUCUAUGCCCUCAUGGGGAAGACCAUCAGGGGCGCAAGAUGCGGGGAGAUAUUUAGAGGGGGCGAAGGACGAUGUUUAUAGAUUUCAAGAGCUCAACAGCGACGACGAAAAGAAUGGUGUUUCAUUAGAUCAU